CUUAAUUCACAGGAGGCCUUUAACCACCGGCGGUCUCUUUUUCCUCCAUAAAUCUCCUAUUCAAACCCUCUUCGUCUCUCUGUCUCUCAGACUGUGUCUCUCCCACCCUCCUUCCCUCUCUCCUUCUCCUUCUUUCUCUCACUCUCUCGUAAUCCUCGAAGUAACGGCUCUUUCAAUGGCGACGGAUCGCCAACCUGCGCCGAAUGACUCUGUCCCGCCUCAGCCGGGGAUCUUUGUUGAUGCUGCUCAGAAUGCUCAUCUGGGCCUUCUUCCCAAUCGUAAUAAUGGUGGUACAGUUUCAUCCUCAGGAUGUAAGACGCAUCGGUGGGGGACCCUGCUUCUAGCUUACAAGACUUUAGGAGUUGUAUUUGGAGGACUGGUCACAUCCCCACUUUAUGUUUACCCUUCGAUGCCUUUGAAAUCUCCAACAGAAGAUGAUUACUUGGGAAUUUACAGCAUCAUGUUCUGGACCCUUACUCUUAUUGGGGUUGUCAAGUAUGCCAGCAUUGCUCUCAAAGCUGAUGAUCACGGUGAAGGUGGAACAUUUGCACUGUAUUCAUUACUUUGUAGGAAUUUGAACAUUGGAAUCCCUUCCUCAAAUAGUGUAAAUUCAAACUUGAGGCUUUCGCAUUCUGCACCAUGUGACAACUCUGAAAGUCAAAGUAGACUACAUAAAUACUUUAAAAGAAGUGUGGCUGCUAGAAGGAUGUUGCUUUUCAUUGCUAUGUUAGGCACAUGCAUGCUAAUUGGUGAUGGUAUACUUACUCCUGCAAUUUCAGUGUUGUCAGCAAUGGAUGGGCUAAGAGCACCUUUCCCUUCUGUUAGUAAAUCCCUGGUGGAAGCUCUCUCUGCAAUUGUGUUAAUUGUUCUAUUCCUGCUACAAAAAUUUGGUACCUCAAGAGUCAGUUUCCUUUUCUCCCCCAUCAUGGGUACAUGGACCUUGGCAACUCCACUUGUGGGAAUCUAUAGCAUUAUACACCACUACCCAAGUAUAUUCAAGGCAUUAUCACCAAUCUACAUUAUCCGUUUCUUCUGUAGAAAUGGGAAGGAAGGCUGGCUGUUGCUUAGUGGUACUGUUCUCUGCAUUACAGGUUCUGAAGCAUUGUUUGCUGAUCUUGGUCAUUUCAACAGAAGUUCCAUUCAGAUAGCAUUUUUGUUCACUAUAUAUCCAUCACUGGUUCUGACUUAUGCGGGGCAGACUGCAUACCUGAUUAAGAACCCAACUGAUCACAGUGAUGGAUUUUACAAGUUUAUACCAUCUAAGAUCUACUGGCCCAUCUUUGUGAUAUCAACAUCGGCUGCAGUUGUUGCAAGCCAAUCACUAAUAUCGGCCACUUUUUCUCUCAUCAAGCAGUCUGUAGUGUUGGAUUAUUUCCCUCGGGUGAAGGUGGUGCACACCUCCCCUAGCAAAGAAGGCGAGGUUUAUUCCCCAGAAGUAAAUUACAUCCUCAUGGUUCUUUGUGUUUCUGUCAUACUUAUUUUUGGAGAUGGACAAGAGAUUGGGAAUGCUUUUGGUGUUGUUGUAAGUCUGGUCAUGCUCAUCACUACCAUAUUACUGACACUAGUUAUGAUCGUGAUUUGGAGAACUCCAGCAGUGCUGGUUGCCCUUUAUUUCAUUGUAUUUUUUGUGAUGGAAGGCACUUAUGUGAGUGCGGUCUGCACUAAAAUUCCAGAGGGUGGGUGGAUUCCUUUUGGCAUUUCUAUUAUCCUUGCCUUGGUUAUGUUUGGCUGGUUUUAUGGAAGACAGAGAAAGAUAGCAUACGAGUUAGCCCACAAGAUAACCAUAGACAGACUAGCACUGCUCUUAACUGAUUCGGCUGUCCAAAGGGUUCCUGGACUCUGCUUCUUUUACACCAACAUUCAAGAUGGGCUGACUCCGGUUCUUGGACAUUAUAUUAAGAACAUGAAAUCUCUUCAUGAAGUCACUAUUUUCACCACUCUUCGAUACUACUUGGUUCCUAAGGUGGCUUCACAUGAGAGGAUUGUUGUCCGAAAACUGGGCAUCAAAGGGGUAUAUGGAUGUGAUAUUCAAUAUGGCUAUGCAGAUUCUAUUAAUCUUGGUGACGACGACUUUGCAGCUCAAGUCACGGAUAGCUUGCAGGCUCAUAUAGUCAACUACCCUGUCUCUUCACCAUCUGUCCCUCCAGAUACGGAAGAAGAGAUUAUUGUGCUGGGAGAGGCAAGGCAAGCUGGUGUUGUUCACAUUCGAGGGAAGGCGAGGUUUUAUAUGGGCCGGAAUUGUGGCUUGUUUGAUAGACUAAUGCUUGGGUUUUAUGAAGUUAUGCACAACAAUUGUAGGUCUGCAUUACCUGCUUUAGGGGUACCUCUAUCUCAGUGUAUUGAGGUUGGAAUGCUUUAUGAGGCUUGAAAGUUGAAACAGUUGAAGCCCAUCAAGAGUUCUGUUGAUUGAUCCUUUUCUUCAAAAUCUUGCGCCUCAUUUUGCCCACUGUAGGGCAUUACCUUUAAAUAAAAGGGAACACAGGAAAAGGGAACACAGGAAAAGGGCUUGUGUACAUUUUUUGGAUUUAUAUUUCAAAAGGUAAAAUUGGAACAAAGACGACAUGCAGAGAAGAUUUAUGUUGAGCAAACAAGAGGACGUGGCUGCUAAGAUUUACAGUGAGAUUGAUCAAGUUCAGAAAAUGUUUGGUAUUUUCAUAUUUUGUUUUUCCUCGGUUCAAUGCUGCUGCUGCUGAUCGUAAGCUGGUAUUUAGUGGGAAUCAGAAGUAUUAUAGAUCCUCUGCCUGGGCAAAUAUCAAUUGGCUGCAAGUGUCUGCGCUCGCCGGAAAAUUAAGGAGAACUCUGGUGGUGCCACCAUGGGGCGCGAUGGAUUCGCACUCAAGAAAUUGCUCAGAAGAGCAAGCAAUGUUACUUGUUAUGCCGCUAGUCACAGCAUGCAUGUAUGAUUAUAAGAAUAUUCAAAAUAUUAUUAUAAUUACAAA